ACACCACCGUAAUGACACUUCACUACAUCCACGAGUUCAUCAUAACCAGCAAGGCAAGCUUUUCUGGCUCACUAGCCACACGGGACUUGCAGCUUCAACUUGUCAGAAAUACUGACAAACAUAUAUUGAAAAACACCAUUCCCGACGACAACACGGAGCCUCGUCCCAUCCAGCGGACAAGGUAUCGCGGCUAUCAGCUGGAGCUGCUGGAGGGCGAGUUCUCCAGGAACCCCCGCCCCUCGUGGGAUGUCAUAGAAGAACUCGCCCGAGAGACGGGGCUAACGGAAGGACAAGUGCGGGUGUGUGGGCGCAUGCAAGCCAUUGCGCGCAGGACCCACGUAACCGUCAAUUACAGUACAACAAGGACAUAACUGGAGCUUUCAGAGAGAGACAGAAAAAAAGAUGUCAAACACUAAUCUGUGAGUAAAAGUACAUUUCACUCUGGCAUAAGUCGAAAGCGAUAGCGAACUAAUAUUCAUUCUGAGCGAACUCCUACUACAUUUACAUAUGCUAACAUCUCCUACGACGAUAGAUUUAAAAAACCUCAGUCUUUAGAGAUUGAAUUAAUAAUAAUCUUUUUUAAGGUCGUUUUUAACUAGAAUUCGGAACAUAGGUGGGAAGAGAAACCUGGAUACAAAAUAUGAAUUUUGCCUUGCGGUACUCAAUACUGUUCAAUGCUAGUACAUUUAAAGAAUUUGAUUGCCCUGUGUUUACCGCUAGGAUUGUUUAUGUGUCUAUUGCAUCUCUAGAGUGAAAUUGGCUUUGUAGAAAUUUUGUGCAUACCGCUAGAUUUGGACUGGAUACAUAGUGCAGUUUAAUGCGAGACAAAUUAGAAAAAUAUGUUUGAUAGUUCUGCAUGCCUGUUUAUUGAAAUAGCCUUCAUUUGUUGAAUUAGUGCUUACACUCUGAAGUGUUGACUACUGUGUUAACUCAAGGAUUUUUAUUUCCUCUUGGUGUUACUAAUCAUUGUGCAGGCACGUUGGGAAGUAGUAAUUACAUUUCUAUCCUGAUUGUGUGAGUGAUUAGGGGUGUGAAUAGUUUGUUCUUUUAAGGAUCACUUUUCCGCCCUUAUGAUUUUAAGAAAACUUUGGGCUGAUUGGUAUAUGUAUUGUACCACUAGUAUUGUCUGACCUUAUUUAUGUAUGACAACAUAUUUUCUCUACAAUUGAUUUGUUUACAUACGCUUCAUUGUAACACAGGGAAGCACUUCCACGCAUUUUUGUGGAUUCUUGGCAUUAAUUUUUUUGUUAAAAUUGUUUGCAAUAAGUCUUAUUUUGUGACAAUGUACAUUAUUAUUUUUCUUCUUAUUAUUAUUGGUGAUUAUUCUGAAUUUCUUUAUCAGAAACCCUCAUAAAGCCAGUAACUAAGGCUCUAACGUCAUAGAGGAACCAAUUGUGUAAAUAGUUGAAGCAUGCAGAAAAUGAAAACAGCAUGCCUGGGUAGUCUUUAAUUCUUUAAGUGGCGUUUUAUUACAUCUUAUUCAUCGACACACACAUUCUGACGGCUUGUCUGCCCCUGCUUGUUGC